CUAGAGGCUAAUAUAAAAGCUUACUUAGCUACUCUUCUUCUUCACUACCGCCUCUUCUUCGAUACGGUAUUUCCCUCUUUAAUUUCAAGUGAGUGGCAGCAUAUUCUCCAAAAAUAAUGGUGACAUAUUCGAUUUUAGCGUUGCUCGAUUGGGACGGAGGAGUAAUAGAUGGAUCUUUGUGUUUUUUUCGUAUGUGAGGCAUUGGAAAAAUAUAUCGGGUAUGCGCACAAGGAGGUUGGUAGUAUCUCUUUAGAAAUAUUAUUUAUACUGUGGGCAAUGUUGGCCUGCCGGAGGAUCAACAAUGGUUAUUUUAUGAUCAAACAUUUGGAGAGGCAUGCCGUAAACUUUGUUGUGGAGGAGUGAUCACUGCCUUGGUCCCUACUACUAUCAGAUUACGAUUACUACUAUCAGAUCAGUGACAAGACUAGGAUCUUGGGGAGUAGGGCGAUAGACGCCUAUUACUAUCAGAUCAGUGUUGAGGAGCGGGUCCCAGAUUUGUACAGUAGGGCGAUAGACUGGGAAAUGCUAAAGAAGGCCACCAUGGUUAUGGUGGAUAGUCGGGGUGUUGGGGGUGUUGGGUACUUCAUCUUAGACAAAAGGACAUUCUUUAGCUUUCCCACAUCUCAACUCAUGGUGGACUUACCAAGAGAACUGGAAGAUGAACUCACCAGCCAAGGGUUUCUUGUUCAAAAUCCAAUGUAUGUGGCCCCAAACUACCUCCCGAGGCCCGAGAUCCCCGAUGAGCCUCUACAUCCCGCGGCCCGAGAUCCCAAUGAGCCUCUACACAUCCAGGAUGCCGCACCGGAUAUGGAAGACGAGGAUGAGAGGAGGCCACUGAGCAUGAGGAGAGCGAGAGCAGCCGGCCUAAGAGGAAACGUCCAGUUGGCCGACCUUUUAGGGAGGGAUCAGAAGCCGUUAGCUUGGGCAGUGGGAACAUAUGCAAAAAUGGCGUGAGGAUAAUCAGCUAUGGAGGGCCCAGCAGGAGUCCCGAUUAGAGUAUUGUGGGACGCAGAUACAGCACCUGCAAGCUCAAGGCGAUGCUAGAUGGGCAGAGGAGCAGGCACCCACCACCGUACUAGAGUUGCACAUUCCUCAGCUUGCAGGUUCUGGAGACCUUAGAUUGGGCAGAAUUUUUUUGAGAAAGUGGAGACGAACUCUAGUCCCCUAUAAGCUACCAAAUGUCGUUACUUCUGUUUCCACAUGUGAAUCAGAUGGUAUUGUUGGAUGUAGUCUGGAAUCCCUCGGUUGAAGGGCAUGCGAUAUCUUAUCCGUUGAAUGGUAGAUCGGAACGCCAUUGGUAUAGGCGGCAUUGGAAAAGGCCACAACAACGCCCAACUAAAGGCUUGGGGGUGCUUAUUAGUGACACAAUACACCAUGGAAAUCGGUUCCAAGCCUCAAAGUUGGCUGUGUGGGUCCUAAGAAAAGGGCUGUCUCUGCUCAAACGCGUUACACUUGAGAUUAAGCUCAAGUUUAUUUAUUUAUUUAUAAGUUAUAAAAGUUGGGACUCUAUAAUAAAGUGGAGGAUUAGUAGUGUGUGUUAGUUAUAGGCUUAUAGCAAUGAAUAAUUAUAAAGUGAAUUUUAGCCGGUCAAGGGUU